GCAGCAAGCUGCAAUCCUGGAGGACUUGGUGAGAAAUGUGCCCCUGGAGUUUGAUUUCCUCUUCUCCAAAUCACAUGCAGAAGUGAUCUCAGGAAAACAGGAAGGUGUCUAUGCAUGGAUCGGUAUCAACUUUGUCCUGGGCCGGUUUGAUCACGGGGAUGAGGAGGAUGCAGUGGUCACUGUAGCACUGGGAGACCUGGGAGAGUCCUUGGUUCGGAAACGAACGGUUGGGAUCUUAGACAUGGGGGGUGCCUCCCUGCAGAUCGCCUAUGAAGUGCCCGACUCCGGAGCCAUUUCUUCCCGGCAACAGGAGAAGGCUGCCAAGAGCCUGCUGGCAGAGUUCAACCUGGGUUGUGAUGUGCAGCACACUGGCCACAUGUACCGUGUCUACGUCAACACCUUCCUGGGCUUUGGGGGCAAUUUUGCCCGGCAGCGCUACGAGGAGCUUGUGCUGAACCAGACCUAUAUGCACAACCGCUUGCACAGCCAGCAGACAGGACUGAGCCCUGAGAUGCCCUUCCUGGACCCUUGCCUGCCCGUGGGGCUCGAGGACACGGUGGUGAGGGGCAGCCAAACCCUGUACUUGCGGGGCCGAGGGGACUGGCCAGCCUGUGUGGAACUGCUGCAGCCCCUCCUGGAUGGGCCCAACAGCAGCCAGGCAUCGAUGGCAGGGGCCUACAAAGCACCCAUUGACUUUGGCAACAGCGAGUUUUAUGGCUUCUCUGAGUUCUUCUACUGCACCGAGGAUGUUCUGCGGCUGGGGGGCCACUACAGUGCCCCCACCUUCACCGCUGCUGCCCAGGAGUACUGCAGCCAGCGAUGGGAGGUGCUGACCCAGCGCUUCCGUGGUGGCCUCUACUCGGCACAUGCUGAUCAGCACCGGCUGAAGUAUCAGUGCUUCAAAUCAGCCUGGAUGUACCAAGUCCUCCACCAGGGCUUCCACUUCCCCCUGGACUACCCCAGCCUGCGCACGGCCCAGCUGGUGUAUGACCGGGAGGUGCAGUGGACGCUGGGAGCCAUCCUCUACAAGACACGGUUUCUGCCACUCAGGGAUCUCCGGCAGGAGAGCAUCCGGCAAGCACACAUCCCCUGGCUGCGCCUCUCUUUUGUCUACAACCAUUAUCUCUUCUUUGCUUGCAUCUUGGUGGUAGCACUGGCCAUAGUCCUCUACCUGCUGCGGCUGCGCCGCAUCCACCGCCGGCAGCUGCGUGCGGCCCAGCUCAGCCUGCUCUGGCUGGACAAGGUGGUGGUGCCACAGAGACAGGGAAAUGGGCCAUGA